CUCGUUAAAGCUCUGAGAACCGGUGUACCGCACACGCUUCUGAAGAUGUCCGAUUACUACUGUAAAUCCAUAGAUGCUGAAUGCAGUUUUCUUGGUCCCAGAUGAAUAUUCAAGAAAUAUAGAAAAGUUGAUCUAUUAUGUUGUAGAGCCCAAGCCAGGAGACCUUAUAGAGAUUUCUCGUUUUGGUUACAAGCACUGGGCCGUCUAUGUAGGUUCUGGUUAUGUGAUUCACCUGGCACCCACAACAGUGCAGGCAAGUGUCUCCAGCAUCAUGUCUGUCCUGUCUGAGAAGGCGGUGGUGAAGAAGGAACUCUUGUGGGAGAUUGCUAGAAGUGAUGCCUGCCAGAUCAAUAACAAAUAUGAUCAGAAGUACAAUCCGCUGCCUGCAAGCAAAAUUGUCCAGGAAGCAGAAUCAAUGUUGGGAAAGGAAGUUAGCUACCGAGUGGCCAGCCAGAACUGUGAGCAUUUUGUUACCAGGUUGCGGUAUGGCACAGCGAGGAGUGACCAGGUGAAAGAGACUGUGGCCAGUGCGGUGGGCCUGAUUGGAGUUGGAGUUGUUUUGGGCUUGGCCACAGUGUUGGGUAGUCUCUUCUUGCCCAACAAGCAUGAAGAAGAAUAAUGGGAAACUCCCUUUGCUUCGACCCCGGAUGAACUGUUCCAUCCUGCACUCGGAAAUUUCUGCUUGUUCUUUGCUUCUUUCUUUGUCCCUGCAUUGAAAUAGAGGAUCAUUUAUGCCAUUAUAUAAUUAAAAUAUUUUUUAAAGUAA